CUCCUCCAACCUCCCUUCCCUUCACUUCACCUUGCCUCAGGUAGUUUACUUUGGCCCCUCGGUUUGCACCUUGUCUCAGCUUCAACCUUGACCUCCCGCUUAGAGGACUCCUCAAAAGGACCGCCUGGGUCUCUUUCCCUCUCCCUCUCCAUCUUCUGCACCUAUCUGCCCAUCAACUCUAGGCCGCCUCAACUCGAUUGACUCAUCCAACAUGGCGUCGCGGGCUGCCAUCCCCUUUCUCGUGGCCAUGAUGCUACUGACAGGUGUUUGCAAUACGCUGCUUACCAAAUAUCAGGACAUGCAAUGUGUCCGCAAUUGCGAUGCGGAAGACCCCACUAAACGGGCCUACUUCAACCAGCCCGUUCUCCAGACGGCGCAGAUGUUUGUUGGCGAAAUGGGUUGUUGGCUGGUCGUUGGCCUAAUGACGCUGUUUCGCCGCUACAGCCCAGGGGUGUCUCCUACUUCGGAUGGCUACGAGGCCGUCAACACGAACGAUACCGAUGACGCCAACGCUCCUCUCGUUAACAGUUCUACCGACAUUCCAAAGCCGCAAGAGCAGGAUCCUGGGUCCAUUCUGCGCGGCUCCCGCAUUCUCUUGCUGGCCCUCCCGGCCAUCUGCGAUAUUCUCGGGACGACGUUGAUGAAUAUUGGCCUUUUGCUGGUUGUUGCUUCCAUUUACCAAAUGACUCGCGGUGCCUUGGUGCUCUUUGUUGGAGUGUUCAGCGUUGUCUUUCUCAAGCGACGUCUCUUCCUGUUCCAGUGGCUUUCGCUCGUUGGUGUCGUCGUCGGUGUCGCACUUGUUGGCUUGGCUGGGGCCAUCUACCACGAGAACAAGAGCAAGGUGGAGAACGCUGACGAGGGCUCUCCGGAGUCCAACGCCCUGCUGACCGUCAUUGGAGUUUUGCUCAUUGCCGGAGCGCAGAUCUUUACGGCUACUCAAUUCGUCCUCGAGGAGUGGAUACUGGAAAGGUCGGCCAUCGAGCCCAUCAGGGUCGUUGGAUGGGAGGGUCUCUUCGGUUUUGUUGUGACUGUUAUUGGUAUGAUCGUGCUGCACUUCGCUGUCGGACGCACCUCCGCUGGCCAGUACGGCUAUUUUGAUAUGACCGAAGGGUGGAGACAGCUCACUCAAAACAGGGCCAUCGGUCUAUCUAGCAUCCUGAUCAUGAUCAGUAUUGGCGGGUUCAACUUUUUUGGCCUCUCCGUUACCCGAAGUGUCAGUGCUACCUCAAGAUCCACCAUCGAUACAUGCAGAACACUUUUCAUCUGGGUCGUGUCCCUCGGGUUGCGCUGGGAGACUUUCAAGUGGCUGCAAGUGGUUGGGUUUGCCCUUCUGGUCUACUUUACCUUCUUAUUCAACGGAAUCGUCCAGCCCCCUUUCAAGUUCAUGGUUCCCGAUGAAGAGGUGGAAGAGCUACUGCCGGAGGAGCCUAUUGAGCACCAUUAGACUAUCAUCACAGAUAGCAGAACGAAGGAAGGCCAUGCAUUAGGAUACCGAGUGGGCAUAAUCGAGCUUGCAAACUAUGGAAAGUUCUUAGUCAAUCAGGAAAUGGGGAAGAACCGGCAUGACUAGUGCACUGGAUUGAGUCUCGAAGCAAAUGUUUUUCGUAUCCUUAGAGGGGGAGGAUAUUGUGUCGGAUUCUGAACAUAUAUAUGAAGUACCUUAAGCCUCGGUCCAGACACCAUCUCUGUCCCUGAUGUGAAGUGCUAUUCUACCGCCUUCCCAUCGACUGGAACCCAGAUUCAGCUUUGCAAGGCUGGCGCUCUCGAUAAACUGGC